AUGACGGUGUUUGGGACUCUGAUACGGGGUAGGGGUGUGGUGAUGGGGGGGGGGGGCGGGGGGGGUGGGUUUUGGAGAGGUGAGCGGCGGGAGUGGGUGUUGGUGUGGGUGGGGGGGGAGGGGGGGGUGGGGGUGGGGGGGGGGGGGAGUGGGGUUGAGGUGGGGGGGGUUGGGGGGGGCGGGGAGGUUUGGUUGAUGUCGUGGGGGGGGGGAGAGGGGGGUGUGGGGACGGGUGGGGGGGUUGGUGUGGUUCGCGAGAGUUUGGUGGGGGGGGUCGAAUGUAGGUUGUUGGUGGGGGGUGGUGUUUGUGGGUGGUGGUUGUGGUUGUUGGGUAUGGGGGGGGUGGGGGUGUGGGGGGUCGGGGUGGGGGGGGGGGUGGGAGACGGUAGGUGCGUUGGGUGGUGUGGGGAGGGGGAGGGGGGGUGGGGCGUGGGGGGGGUGUUUGGGGGGGGGGGGGGGUUGAUGGGGGCGCGGGGUUGGGUUUGA